AUGGUCGAGGCAGAAUCACAGGCUGCGAGCCUUUUUGGGAUUGUUGCUCGGGCAGAUUUUGUCAGUCUUAAAGAGGUGCUCGCUCUAAAGCAAGUCGACGUCGAGAGUCGAGAUCCUGCUGGUCGAACUGCCCUACAUCUGGCCGUACUGGCGGGGACAGCAGACAUAUGCCAGCUCCUGAUCGACCAUGGCGCAAGUUUGGACACCUGGACUAGGCAAGGCGAAGCGGUAGUCCAUCUGGCCGCUAAGAGAGGCGAUGUUGAUGUUUUGCGCGUGGUAAUGGAUGCUCUUGAGUCGAAGCCACAAGCAAGUGGGAACGAAGACAAACCCGAUGGAAAGACAGCAGUGGGCGACAAGGCAGAUCUGACCGUUCACGUGGACUCUCUGACGCACAAGUUUAACAUGUCGCCACUCUAUAUUGCGGUCGCUUUAGUGGCAGAGUUGCUAUUGACGAGAUACCACGCAAGGCCCAAUAUCGUUGUUGGUCAUGCAGACAUGCACAAAGGAACAAGGACUGUUCAUAUCCUGGAAGCGGCGCUUCAGCAUCCACGCGACGCUUGUCGUUCCCUCCUGAGGCUGCUGCUUCAACAGGGCGCAAAUCUGCUUGACGCUUCAUCACACACAGUGACAGAGUCUCUAUUUUUCAUGAUCAUGAAGCGGGCCGAAGAUACAUUCGACAUCUUCGCCGAACUUGACGCUGAAAACUUCACAAGCGCAAUUACCAAGGGUCUCUGGAUUGAUUCCAUGAAGUGUCACUGUGCGCUGACAGGCGUGAUCCAUCUUGGACUGGAAGAGACCGCCUUCAAGCUGCUAUCUUAUGGAGCCCCGCCACAUCUGGACUUCAAGUCCCCUCUUGAGAUUCAGUCAGACACCAGCCCUUUCGGAAAAAAACCCCUAGACAGGGCCGAGGGUGAUUUCUGGCAACCAAUCUUAAGCGCCGCUUUGUUCGAAAUGCCUGGACUGGUGAUGGAAUUGCUUGAUCGUGGGGUCGAUCCAAAUACGAGGCUGACAGAAGACCAAGCUCGCUACAUGAUCAAUCAACGUGAAUGCCGCACGGUCUUGGAUAUUGUCAAGUCAAAGCUCGUCGAGCUUCGUAGCUGGAACAUCGAUGAUGAGAGCGUCUACUACGAGAUCAAAGGGACACCAGAAGAGGCCGAGCAGCGCGCUGGGAAGCAGAAUGCAGUAGCCCGGCUUAUUGAAGCAUAUGAAGAAGCGGAGGCGAAGCUGGUUUCUCUGGGUGCUCAGACAUCUGAUGGACUGAACUUACAAGAUCCUCAAGCCCCGGUUUCUCAACCGUCCUCCAAGAGAAUCCAGUUGCAUCCGCCGCCUACUGAGACAAACGCUCGACCAUUACAUUCUUCCAUGGAUAUCGACCCGACGAAAUUGAGUACGGUGGAAAACGGUCGCCAAUUUCUGUUGGCCGCUUGCCGGGACGGUAAUAUUGCGUUGGUGAAAGCUCUAACCUUAAGCCCAUGGGGUCCUAACCUUAAGUUCCCCCCGAUCGCGAUAGCAGAUGUAUCUGGAUAUUCUCAGGGCCCUUUCCUUGUUGCGGUUGAGAAUAGACACUACGAUUUAGCCCGCACUAUCGUUCAGAUUGCCACAGCUCAGCACGUCAACUUCGCGGAUGACGUGUCAUCUGAUUUCUGCAAUCAACUGGCCGACGAUGAGCAUUCUGCGGACAGCAUCAAGAAAGUCUCCGCUCAAGUCAAGUCCACAGUGACUGCGAAGAAGAUCGUUGCGGAUAGUCACAGCUGUUUUGCUGGUGAGAAGCACAAAGACAUGGACAUGCUAAGAUUUUCUAUCAAGAUGGAAUCUUCGUUUCCCCGUGAGCAGAGCGACAUUGAACGCCAGACUCGGCAUGCAUGGGAUCUUGUUGAACAUGGCGACUGGCCUGAAGCCUUUGAAGAAUACAUCAAAGCUACUGGUGCACCGUUUCGGCAUGCCGUGAGCCAAGACAAGGCAAUGGCGGCAUACAAGCACUUUGCAGAGAACACAGAUUUUUCGAGCCGCAAAGCCGGCCCUCAGGCUUCCCGAGCAGAGUUUGUGGACGCGGUGGAGAAGUGGAUGAACAAGCGAAUCAUCUCGCGAAACGUUGAUCUCGUCAAGUUUCUAUUGUCGACUCAUCCGGAGCUCCUCGAAGUCCAAUCGAUCGAUGGGUGGACGCCCUUGUUAACGGCAGCUCUCCACCACAGAAUUGAAGUUCUUCAUAUCCUUCUCGAAGCGGGAGCUAGCCCAUUUGCCACUGAUCUGUUUGGUCGCAAUAUGCUACACCUUCUUUUGGUCAGCCCAGGUCAAGGCUAUAUCCAGGAGCCCGAAAAGCUCUCCUCCUUCCUCCAGUCAAUGGAUAGAUCGGUGCUGCAUCAGCUACUGGGGCAACGCUGUGAUGAAAGUCCCGGCGGGCUGACACCUCUCGCACGUUGGAUCCCUACUAGACCUACACCGAAUGGACUAUUUACAACUCUGUUAGAUGUUUCUACAUCGGCGGCGAUGGAAAUGUUUAAUAGCAGAGGUCAUACGGUUCUCCACACUGUAGCAUAUUCGUCUAUAGAGCACCUCGUACGUCCUGUUUUUAAGAAGGCCCCUCCUGUUAUGUUCCACAAAGACACCGACGGGAAAACACCGCUUGACCAUGUUGUCGAGAAGCAGCUUGACGGAUUUAUAGAACACUUGAUGUCGAGCUACACCCGAAAUCGCAAAUGGCAAGCGUCUUCUCCGCUUGUCCACUGGCCGCUAUUCGCGUUUGCUUCCGAUUAUGCCGGGCCGACGUCUUCAACAGAUCCAUACCAAGCAUGGGAAAUUAGCCGAGAGCUGGCCGAAUCCGUGAAGCCUCGACAAUUCCCCAGAAAACUUGUGACAAAGAUCGAGCGGGAAGAGGUUGCAAUGAUGUCGAAGAAUAAAAAGAUUCAGAAGAACCCGAAAGGCGACCAGCAUGAUAUUGUAUCUUUAUCGGUGUAUAAGCCCGGAAAUCUGUGUUGUUGCUCAAUCUGCACGCCCAUAACUCACGUUGCAUCAAUAUGGCUUCCAAGGACUCGCUUCUGGUGGAGGCCAAUUGUUGAUGCGGUUCACAAAAAAGGCGGCUUCAUGUAUCUUCAGCUCAUGGCGUUCGGAAGAGCCGCCCAGCCUUUGGCUGCGGAAGAGGACGGAUUCACGAUCAAAGGCCCUAGUGCCAUUCCCUUCGAAGGAGGCGCAACGCCAGAGGAGAUGACGGCGGAAGACAUCAAGAGCACGAUCGAGGAUUACGAUGUGAGUAACAAGCGCACCGAUGAGUAUGGCGGAAGCAUCGAGAAUAGGAACCGCCUUGUUGUAGAAAUUGCGCAGGCCGCCUCCGCCGCCAUCGGCGCGGAACGUGUCGGUAUAAAGCUCAGCCCAUGGUCCGAGUUCCAAGGCAUGCGGAUGGAGAAUCCCAUUCCCCAAUUUACCGAUCUAAUCAAGCGAAUCAACAGCCUUGGCCUCGGCUAUCUGAACCUUAUUGAGUCCCGUGUUUCUGGAGUCGAUUACACGGAUGGCACCGAGAAGCUGGACUGGGCGUGGGCGGUCUGGGACAAGACCAUCAUCGCGACAGGAGGCUAUCUACCAGAGACGGCGCUUGAAUUGGCUGAGAGGAAUCCGGAUAGAGAUAUCAUUGUCGCCUUUGGAAGGCGAUAUGUCUCGAACCCCGAUUUGCCGUUCCGUAUCCAAAGAGGCCUUGAGCUAAACCCCUACGAUCGAAGUACAUUCUACAAAGUGGGCGCUCCUGAGGGACUGAUCGACUACCCGUUCAGUGAGGAGUAUUUGGCGUUGAAGAACUGA